AUGAGUUCAAGCAGUUAACGCCCAAGCAAUCUGAUAUCAUAGCAAAGUUAAUAGUAGUUAAAUGAGCAAAGUAAAACGAAAACUACCUUUAGAUCAACAAAAAAGGAUGAGGCUAGAUUGCUCCCUCAUGAGGUUUUUGAUUCUAUGGAGGAAUUGUAGAAUCUUAAAACGAAAUACCCGUCUUUAAGAUAAACUUAUAGAGUGGUCAAGCCAAGCACUACUAUGAAUAGAAGUAUAUCUUCUAACUUCUUUCCUUCUAGCAAGCAAAAUCCCAACUAGCCUAGAUCUAAAUACGAUUUAAAUGCUUAUUUUAAAGUGAACACUGAUAGAUGGUAUAGCGGGUUAGAUGAAGCCAAACCUCUAAAUAAGCAUAAUGACUCUCUGCAAGAAAUUAAUCAUAAAACAUCUCGCACAUACAUAUUUCGUUAGUAAGAUGAUUAAAAGUUUUUUAGAUAAGAAUCAGGGCCAGUAGGACAUUAAUAUUAACAGAGUAUGCCACCUUAAACAUUGAAUAACGUUUAAUCCUCUGAUGAUUUAUUUAGAUAGCUUCCAAGAAAUUUAUAGUCAGCAAUUAAUCUUCCUAACUUAUACUCUCAAGUUGAAGAAAAUGAAAGAAUGAUAAAUCCUUUAAGAUCUGACCAUAAUUUGCUUAACCCAUAUACCAGCAACAAUCCACACAACAAAUCAAGGCAGUCUUCGUUGACAAAUUUAAAUUUUAAAAUAAAAAAGCUACACAAUACAUAUUAUAAUUCAAGCCAACGUAGCUUAAUAGAAAGUAAUCCUGAUACAAAAGAAACACCCUUUACUUAUAUUGAUUUUUUUCAGCAAGGAGAUAUGAUUCACAUAAAAGUUUCCAAUCUAAAUAAUUUUAAGGUUGAACCUCUAGAAAAAUUUGAUGAAGGAAGACUCUAUGAUGAAGACCCAAGAGUAUAUUUGAAUUCAGGUGUUUUUAGAGGAUAUAGUAAGUGGUAGGAACCAGAUGGUUCUUUUAUUUGGAAAGACUGUUUAGUUAAAGACUAUAACCCAGAAACUGCUAAAUUUACAAUCUAAUGGGUAGCAAACAAAAAAAUUAAAGAAGUAAGCCGUUUAAAUUUAAUGUACGAUCAUGAAAACUAGGAAAUAGCAGACACAAGAUAUAGAUUAGCCAAAGAAAAGCGUGAGCAAAUGCUAUAUUUUAUAAGUCUAAAACAAAAAAUUGGAGAAACCUCAAGUGAAUCAAAAGAAAUUUUGUUUAGAAAGAAAAAUCUAAUUCGUAUUUUGGAUUUAAUUUUUAACACUGAAUUUUUAAAAGAAAAUGAGGAGCAAUGGAAAAGAUAAGUGAUUAAUGAUAUUCUUUAAGCUUAUAAAUUUGAUGUAAUAAAGUUUGUCUAUUAAGCAAACACUGUCUAGAGUCUAUAUGAGCUUUUUAAAACUUACUAUCCUGAUGAGCUUGUUAGGAGAAAGCUAAAAAUUUACAAUUUGCAACUAAACUUAAAUGAAAUCGAAGAAUUUACAAAUGAAGUAACUGUAAAUGAACAGAAAUAAUAAGAACCUUAAAAUGCUAAAAAAAAAUAUCAAAAUUCAUUCUUUAUUCCAGAUAGAGUAAAAGAAGAGGAGCCUGAACAAAAUAUUUUUGAAUACAAUUAUAAUGUCAAAAAUUGGGUUUAUGAAACAGAGUUUGCUUAACAAAAUGAAAUUGAGCCUGAAAAAGCUCAACCAACUUUCACUACUGCAGUAGAAGGAUAAAUGCCAUCGAAGUUAAGAAAUUAAUUUAGAAAGAUAACUUUAAGCACUCUAACAAUAGCUAAAAAUUUAUUCAUAGAAUAUACCACAAACAAUCUCAGCAAGAGUUUAAGGUUCAAUUACGAUCCUAAGUUUUUAUAGCUUCAUACUACUCUACCAUAGUUCAUGAAGGCUAUCAGUAGCUUAGAGGAAACAACAUUAUUUUAAUACUUUGCAAGUUCUGGAUAAAACUAUUAAUCUGAUGUUUUUCCAGAGUUUGAUAGAAUGAAUAUUGAAUUUAACAAACAAAAAUUUAAAAUUGAAAAGAUUUUCGAUAAGAUAGAGCUAUCUAUAAACGAAAUAAUAUUUGAUGUUACAAGAAAUAUGGGAUUCGAAAGUAAAGAGAUAAAAAAAUUAAAUCUACACCAUAAAUUAAAAGAGUGUAUGCAAAAAAUAACUAAUUAUUUAGUUCAAAGCUAUAUGUCGAAAACAAUUUAAAAUUCUAUUUAUUAAUUAUGCGAGUCCUUCUAAAAAUACUAUGCUAUUCUUCCUUAUGAAGAUCUUAAUUCUGAAGAUCUCGUUUUAAUCGAUCCUUAGAUAAAAAUAAUACGUCUUUUAAAAAGAUUAACCUACUGCUAUGAUAAUCCAAGCAUCUAAAUAAACAAAAGAGGAUCUUUCGUUACCCAAACUCAGUUUUUGCUGAGCUUCUAAGAAUUUGAAAGUGAUCAAUAACAAUCUUAAUAAGAAAUUAUUUAAGAACAAUAAAAUAAAAUUCCAUCAAAUCUCUGUUUACCAUAAAUCUAUGAAAAUAACUAGGUUUUAUCCAGCAAGGAAGUAUUUAAAAGAUUUGGAAACAAAUUUUAAAACACUUUCGAGACUUAGGAGAAGAAAAGAUUUUCAGCUAACAAAAUUAUUUAUGAAAUGCCUGAAGAUCCAAUGACUCCAUAAAAUGUGCUUAAAAAAUAAAAAAACACUGAAAAUAUUAACAGAGAAAGUGCUGGUUCCAUAAAAAAUCUUGAGGUUCUCAAUGAAGAAUCUGAGGAAUAGCAAGAUGAUUUUUCUGAAUGGAGAUGGAUCAAAGAUUCUAAAAUUAUCUUUAUGAUUUACACUAAAAUGUGCGAAAAAUAUCUAAGCGACUAAUUUUUAAACAACAGAUAUAAAUAAAUUGAAAAGACUCCAAUUCAACCUUUGUUCAAUCUUCGUGUUGUUAUCAACGACGACAAGAAUUUAUCUAAGAAAAUCAAAUCUAUUUAUAAAACAUUUAAAUUUAACAAAAUGGACUAAUAAAAAAUGUCAGACAUUCUCUUCCGUAGUAGAGAAUAAUUAUAUUCAUAUAGCGACUUAACAUUCGAGGAUAUGUUUUAUGAAAUAGCUUCUCGUAAUGAUCUCGAAUACUCUAUAGAAAAUAUUGAAAAAGAAAUUGGACAAGCAACAAUCACCAAAGGCCGUCUUGGUUGGUUUAAUUAUAGUUCAUUUUUAGUUACUUUUGAGCCACCUCUAGAAACUUUUGAAGAAAAAUUCAAAGACUAAUUUUCAAAUGCUCUUAUAAAUAUCAAAAAUCUCAAUAAAAUAUUUGGUGAAUUCGCUUCUGACAAAGUAUUCAGAAAUGAUGAUGUAUUCUAGAAUUAGGUCAAACUGAUAAAUGAAAACAUAGAUUCAUUUUUAUUAAAUGGUUUAUAUGGAGCAUAUUCUCUGCUUCAUUUGUUGAAUAGGUUCGAAUUUUACUACUUGCACUCUGAAAACUAUGAGAAAUUUAUAAAAGGAAUGUAUGAUGAUGAUCAACUUACAGAGGUAUUUAGAGAAUAAGAAAAAAUGAAAAAAGACAUAAACUUCUUUUAGCAGAGAUUGCCAGAUGAAAUUAAUUUAGGUUUUCUUGUCGUUUACCUCAAAGAAUUCAAAAAUAGCACACUAAUUGAAAUAAAUAAAAAAUUAGAUUUGAUAAAAGUUUUGAGCAAGGAAAAAUUUAAAAAUUUACUUGAUAAAAAUAUUUAAAGUCAUGAAGAAAUCUUAAAAAAUAUGGAAAAAGAACCCACUACAAUCUAAGAAUAUAUUGAAAUUCUGCUUUAUGUGCAGGGAACUGAACUUUAAAAUCACAUAAACACAAUGGAUAUCUAUCAAGAAAUGGCCACAUACCUUUAUGAUAAGUUCUAUGACUAGCUAAUUAUAAUUGAUUCAGAUAUGCUUAUACUUUAUUUCAAUGCUAAAAGCAUGCUUUAGGAUGUCAAAAACAACAGAGAAGCAAAAUUAUUUUCCCUUUAAAAGAUAAAAUAAAAAUUCGAAGAAAUGCAUCACACUGAUAAGACUACAGUAAAGGACAAUAUAGAAUCUCUUAUGAAGAAAAUAGAGUAACUUAAAUAAGAAACUAGUUUCGAUAGGGCUUUCGAGGUAGCUGGUUUAUCAUAAGAAAUUUUAACUGAGCUGAACUAUGUCGAAUACAAAGUAAAAGUGCUCCAAUAUGAAGAAAUUCAUCUUUCUGUAAAUCCAGACCAGUAUCUCAACAUUUAAGAAGAUGCCUUUAAUUUCCGUACUUACGACUAACUUUGGAAAUACACCUCUGAGUGGAAAAUGAAAAAGGAAGAAUGGCUAAAAAAACCUCUGUUGAGCCAUAAUGUAGGAGGAUUUACAAAUGCUGAUAUCAAAGAAAUAUCUUCUACUCUAGAUUAAGGUAUUAAAACACUCAAAGAAGUUGAGCCUUACUUCAAACAGUAUAACUAAAAACUCAUGCCAUUGAUUGAAACUUUAACAAGUGACAUUGGAUAGUUUGAAAGAGUGUAUGAGUUGUUAGUUUAAGUUAAGCAUGAAAGCUUUAAGAGUGAACAUUGGGCUCAAAUUUUUGAGGUUAUGUACUAAGACAACCAAAAGAAAGUAGAUGAAAUGCUUGCUUGCUUGAAAACUCCUUAGUUUAACUUAAGUUUCUUAAUUGCAAAUAAUGCUCUUGAGCAUUUGGGUUUCGUUUCAAAUAUAGCUGGAGAAGCCUAAGAAGAAUUUAAGAGCCAAGAAACUAUUGACAAUUUGAAAAACGAAUUCUAAAAUAUUAAUUUUGAUGCCAUAGAUUUCCACAAUAUUCCUCUCAUAGUAGGCUUGAAAGAUAGAGUUUCUGACUUGCGUCAUUAAUAUUUUACAGUCGGUGAAAUGCUUCGUAACAAGAUUUACUAGAGAAAUGACUUCACUGAAAAGUUAAGCUAGUUGGAAUAUGUUGUGAAAAAUACAAUGAAAGUGUUAAAAAGAAUUGCAAAGAUUUAAGAUAGAUUGGUAGCUUAUGCUCCUUUAUAUAGAUUCAAAAAAAAUGAGCCUUACCUGAAGUAAUCAACUAUCAUUUAUAAUUAAGUUGUGGAGGAUUUCAAGAAGACUGUCAAAGAUAUUGAGAAAAAGGGAAUGAAAUACUUCACAGCUUUAUUUGUAAAAGAAGAAGAAGACAGCAAGACAUAAUAAGAAAUCCAUGAAAAAUUUUCAAGCAUUUACACAAGAUCCAAUUAUGUUCGUUAGCUUGUUUAAAUUAUGGCUAGGUAAAUACGUUUUGAAAAUCCUAGAAUGGCAUUUUUCUCUGAUGAAAAGAUUAUUCAGCUUUGCUCUUGCUAAUUCUAUCCAAAGGAAUUCUUUUAAUAUAUUUCUGUUGUCUAUCCUGGAAUAAAAGAGUUUGUGAUAACAAAAACAGAAAACGAAUCUAGACCUGGCUAAAAUGAUUUAUCAGUUAAAUAAGUAAUUAAUGAGUAUGGUGAAAAGUUGGAUUUGCUUUACACAGUGACUUACUAACUUGGAAGAAAUGAUGAACCCCCAGUUUUUACAUUUAUGAAUGAAAUAGAAAUGCAACUUAAAGAAUUCUUUAAAAAUUCUUUACAAAAGAAUAUUAAAGGCAUUAGUAACUGUUACUAUAACUACUAAUAAAUAUGGACAUCAUACAUAACAAGUGGAGCUGUACCUUUCUAAAUUUUAUAUUUAAUUAAUGAUAUUUGCUUCUAUCAUGAUGUUACUGCCCUUUUAAGUAUAAACGAUGGACUAGAAGAUCUCAAUGAAUACUCUUCUCCAUAAGAAGUAAAGGCAAGAACCAAAGAUUCUGGAAUAAAUAAGCUUAGAAAUAUUCUGCAAUCUCAACUUUCUAACUUUUAGGUUUAUUUCUAAUCUGUGAUAAAGCAUAAUAACAAUCCUAAGUUUGUGUUCCCAUUCACUUAAUUCAUCCUCUAAAUCCAGAAUCAUAUAAAUAUUUUAGGAUAUCUUCUUAAUAAUUUAGCAUUUAGAUUAGAUUCAUUUGAAUAUCUUUCACUUCCUAAAUUUUCUUUAGAAUUCAAUAGAAAGGAACUUGACAAACAAUUAUUUAAUAAAGUUUAAAUUCAAAAUUUAAAUGCUUUGGCUUAGGCAUCUCUCGCUGCUUAACAAAAAAAAGAAUAAUAAUAAUAAGGUGAAUUAAUUCCUGAAGGUGAGCAAACGAAAAAAGCUACUGAAGGAGAUGAUGGUACUACCAAAAAUUAACCAAAGCAACCUCAAGUUGUUCUACCUAAAAAUUGUGCUGAAAUCAUUCAAAUGACUUACACUGCUACUAAGCAAGCUUCAGCUAUGUCCUAUGGAUAAAAUGAUUUACCAAAUAUUAAUGCAAAAUCACUUUUUAUGAAUUUAGUCUAAGAAUAUCCUUUUGAUGUUGUCCUCCUAAGCAUGAAUUACAAGCGUCUAUAUGGAUAUGAAGUUAAUCCCAUCUUCUAAAAUUAUGUCUUCACUGAAUCAUCAAAUAGAAUUUUUGCCAAAAUUUUAGGAGCCUUUUCAGCAAGUUUAGGUGCAUGCUUGAGAAGUCCACCAUAAUCAGGUAAAAGAGAAAACGCUAAAGCUUUAAGUUUCAUGCUAGCUAAACCUUUCUUCGAAUGGAAUUUCGAUGAAAAAAUGGAUUCGUUUACUGUUUAAAAUAUUUUAACCGGCUUUGCCUCUGGAAGCUACUGGCUAUAUGUUACUAAUUUAGAAAAAUGUAAUAUGAGUGUAAUAAGUACAAUGGCUCAAGUGAUGUUUGCUGUUAAAAAAGCUCUUGUUCAAGGCUAUACCUAAUUCCCAUUCGGUGACCUAACUUUACCUUGUAAUAACUAAUUUGGUUUGAUGUGCUCUUAUUAAAUUACAUAAGAUGGUAACAAAAACUCAUUUGAAAUACUACCAAAGAGUCUUUUAGAAAACUUUAGAAUCAUAAACUUCAUCUAACCUGAUAUAGAACCAAUCUUCAGACAAUACUUUUUGAUGCUUGGAGUUAAAGACUAUUAAGUAGAGGAAAAAUUAAAAUAAUUCUUAUUAUUUUUCUCAUUUUUAUCAAGCUCCUUUGACAAGCAGUACUUCUUAUAAAAAAAUAUGCUCACAGAAUAGGAUCUAGGAGAUAUUAAAUAUAGUAAAUUUGAGGGAAUGCAUAAUGUCUUCUCUAUGAAGAGUUUGAUCAAAUUCAUGCAUAUCUCCUUAAUGGCAUAAAUUAAUAGCAAAUAUGAAUCAGAUCCCAUUGAAAUUUUAAAGAAUUAAUUGGAUUUAUAAUUACAAGCAACUCUUUCUUAGAGUGCAUACUAAUUCAUUAAAAUCACAUUCUCAAGAUUCUUCACUGAAAACACUCACAAAAAGAAAUUUAUCAAAAAAGCUCCUGUUGUCACUAGAAGUAGUGACCCAAACAUUUAAUUGAUAGAAGAACCCUCAAUUCAUGUAAAAAUGCCCGAUUUUGAGCUUAUAAACCCUCUAAGCUAUUCUACGAUUGAAAAGUAUUUGCCUCAUAUUCAUUCAUUCUUAGAAACGAAUUUUAUUUAACCAACUGAAAACUUAUUUAACCUCAUUUCUACCUUAAUUCCUAUCACCAUGAAUAAGAUGCCUGUAAUUUUCUAUGGAGCUCCAGGAAAAAAGAAAACAACUAUGAUUAAACUUUUAGCAUUUAUCCAGGCAAAAUAGUAAAGCUUAAACUUUAACAUAAAUUUCGUCAAAAUAGAUGCAGUAACUUCUGAAUCACUCUUGGGUUAUAAAAACAAAAAGGGUAUGUUCAGAAGAGGACUUGUAGAAUUAAUUAUAGAAGGUAUAAAAUACUUUUAACCUGAUGAGAAAGAGACUAAAGAUGUUUUAUAUGACUUCGAAAACUAAUUUUGUACUAUUCCUGCAGCUCCUUAUGUGUCUAAUAAAGAUAACAAAUUAAAGUCUGAAUCUAAAAUUGUAAUAAAAAAGAAAAAUCAAACCAAUAAACUCACUGAAAAUGAUUGGAUAGUUAUUGAGUCAUCCUCUGCUUUAAAUAAAAACCCUCAUUAGACUUAUCUGGAUUAUGCACUCGAUGGGUUCUAAAAGAAACACUUUAACUUGAUAAACAGUGAUAUUGUUAAGAUUCCAAGAGAUAUUUACAGUAUUUUUGAAUUAGAAUCACUUACAAAUCUUUCUCCAUCUAACAUACACAAUUACUUUUUAUGUUACUUCAGCACAGAAAUUUUCGACCUCAAAUAGGAAUUCAUACAUUGGUUUGAAGUUAAAUGCAGCUAAAAUAGCUACUUCGCUCAAUUUGGAACUAUACUUAAGAUUUUAUUUGCUUUCUUCUUCCUCGAAUAUAUGAAAUAAAUUGAUUAUUAUCAUAAAGAUGAGACAUUCCUUUACAGAUUAUCAAAGAAGGCUUAUCUGAGGAACUUUUUGCAUUAUCUUGAAAUAUUCUUUAAUGAAAUAAGAAAAUUCGAUAUUGCUUGUGGUGAAUAUGAAGUUUCCAAUUCAAAUAUUCCAGUUAUUAAUUUAAGAAGAUAGAGGAAAAAUAAAAGAUAAACACAACUCUACGAAUUUGAAUAACUUUCUAACAUUCUGAAUACUCAUAUCAAUACAGAAUAGAGUGAAAUUGGUGGUGUUGAUCCAGGAAUCAGAUUAAUUUGCACUAUGGAGAGUAUAUUCAUUUUUGCAUUGACUUACAGUGUUGCAAUAAACUUAAGAAAUGAGAAGAAAAUAUACUAUUAAGAGUUUAUUGAGAAAUAAAUCAAUCAAUAUAUUUCUUACAGAAUUAAGAAUACUACUUGCACAUUUGAUUAAGAUAAAUAUCCCUUUGGAUUGAAUUUAAGAGAUUUGGUAAGCACAGAAAGGGUUAAUUUAUUUGAUAUUUGCUAUGAUGUUUCAAAUUAAACAUGGGUCAAGUGGAAAAAUGUAACUCUUGAAGAAUAUGGUGGCGUUAUCAGUGGAGAUUUUACUCGUGAUACUUUGGAUUAUAGAGAAAUAGUUAGGUUAAACUAUGAUUCGAUUGAAUACUUAAAAGGUAAGAUUCAUUAAGAAAAGAAUGUCAUUUUUAUACCAGAAAGCGGAGUAUUCGUAGAGACUAAUGCUACUAAGAUAACGAAAUUCUUAAUGUAAUUUGCUGUUUCAUACAGUAAACCUACAAUUGUGAUUUCUUAAAACUAAAAUGGUAUUACAAGCUGUAUUUAAAAUAAGUUAAAAACACUUAUUGAACAUCACUCUUAUUCAACUGCUUACAUCUCUUUAGACAGAGGCACAACAAUCAAAUAAUUCCAGAAAAGAGUCGAAAGAAAUUUAAUUUGGAAGAACAACAACCACUUAACAUCUGUGUACGACACAAAUACUUUAGUUGUUAUUGAUGACUUAAAUCUGGCUAUGGAUGGAGUUUCACCUAUUGGAGCUUUGAGAUAUUUCUAUGAAAAUGAAGGAUGGUUUUCUAACAGCAAGAUGAGAUUCAUUUAAUUUUCACUUACUAGAAUGCUGGCUAUUUAUGGAUAUAGUCCUUAUGCUUCCUCUAAUAUUUUUGAUCCUGCAUAUACUGUUCUAUCAAAUAGCAUUUUGGAGAAAUCAAUGAUACUAAGAAUGCCAGAAAAUGAUAAUAGAGACUUAGCCAGCAUCUUUUCAGCUUAUAAUUAAGUUGAUGUGCUUUUAAAUAUAUCUGAAAAAAAGACCUUUUUAAACACUAUGAAAUCUCUAUGCGCUAUUAUGGCUAUUACAAAUAUUGAAUAUUAAGAAGAGUUCUCACUGAUUGCUAACAUAGUGAGUGGUAAUUUUUCAAUACGUAAAGGUAUUGAAGUCAUUAAAAAUAUGAACUAUUUCGAAUACUUUAGCAAGAAUAGGUCACAAAUUAUGCCAGAACUUUUCUUUAGAGCUAUUGUCUUUUUAAUGAAUUAGUAUUAUGCUUCAGAAUUCAUUUACAACAAGAUUGAAGAUACAAAGACAAAACAGCAUGUAAAUGGAUCAAUAAGUUAAACAGAAUUAAGAGAGUAGAGCUAAAGAAAUGAAGAGUAAUCUAUUGAAGGCAAUUUAAUGAUGAAAAGAGCAUCUUUCUCAAAGAAGGAAAGCACAGAAGGAGAUUAUUAAAAGAGAAACAGCUAAACAGGUAUAAGCGAAGGAGGUAAUUAAAAGAUGAGAGAUGAUUACGAAGAAGAAGAUAGUGAUGAUAUUAUCGAGGAGGAAAAGAUCAAAACCAGAAGUGCUAAAAAAAGAAGAAGUCUCUAGCUUAAGAAAGAAUAAAAUAUUAACAUGCUACCAUUCUCUCAUGAACCCUUGAUUUAGAAUUUAGAAGAUUUCAAAGUAUUAAAUAAAUAGUCUAUUCCUAACACUUAAAAAGUACUUUAUUUCUUAUUGUUCGCUGAAUAAUAAGAAAACUCUCUAGAGCAGCUAAUCCUAAAGAUUGGAGCUAACACAGGUGCUAUUGAUGAAACAGGUCUGAUAAAUAAGAAUAAUUAUGCUCCCGUAUUUACGAAAUAAAAAGAAGAAUAUUUAUUGAAAACAGAUGAACUUUUAUCACCUCUAAACCCUUUCAAGAAUAAUGAUAAGCAGGCUUAAUUGAAUGAUAUGCUAGAUAACAUCCCAUCACCUUAACGUAAGCCUGCAAAUUUCAAGAGAACGCCUCUUCGUUAGCAAUCUCUUCUCUUAGAAUUGCGAAAAAUUGAAUAGUAAGAUAAUAUCAAUCCUAUAAAGGAAGAAGAUGAUGAAUCCUAGUUGCAGACAGCAAGAAGAUAGGAUUUCGAAGAUACACCAUAAAAUUUAAGUUCAGCUUUAGGAAGCAAGAAUACACCUAAACAAGUAUUUGAUUUCUAGGAAAGAGGACAAACACUAUUGACACGUAAACAGAAGAAGAGUUUAACAACAGCUUUUAGAAGCAGUCCUUCCAACUAGCUUUAAGAAGUAGCUGGUAUAAAAGCAUUUGUAAAUUCACCUCAAAGAUUUGGUGAAGAAUCAAGUAAAGUAUCAUCAGAUAAAUUAUCUUAAGCUUAAAGAGAAGCAGAUGGCGCAGUCCCAGAGGAAACUCUUCAAAUGAUGCGUUUGGAAUAGAAAGUAGCUAUUUAAAUGGCUGCUCCAAGUAGAGAUAUAACUAAUGCAUAUAAAUCUAAAUUUUAAAAAGAUACUUCAAACAAGCACAAACGCCAAACUUUUAUACUAAAUAAAGAACAAGAAGAAGAGUUAUUUAUAAGAAAUAUCGAGUCUAAAAUUGACAAUUAAAUGAAUAUUUAGUUUGAAGAGUUAGCCACACUACCUGAUUAACUGGUAAGAGAAUUCAGCAGAAUGCUAGAAAGUGAGUUGUUAGAAGGUUCAUUAGGGAUGAAUAAAUAAUCUAAUACUGUUUUAUCGUUUAGACAUGAAUUGUAGUUCUUUAAUUGGGCUCUUCUUGAUCAAGACAUAGAUGAUGAUAAAUAAAGUUUCGAUAGCAGAAGCAAAGAUAUGUUUAACUAUUAAUUCUGUUUGGUAACCAAAAAGAGAGAGAAAAAGGUCUUUGAUUUUAUCCUUUAAAAGUUCAGAGAUUUUUCAGUGAAUAAUCCUUUCCUUUUAAAUAAUUUCUUAGUGAGAGAGUGCAAUUUCGAAUCACUAUACUUCCAUACUCUAAAGCUUCUUCACCUACUUUAGAUAUCAAGCAGUCACAUCUUUUUAAAUUCUCAAUUUACUAAAGAAAGUACAAGAGAAAUCAUUAAAUUCAUAUCUAAAAUCCUCCAUCUUAAGUUAUAUGAGACAGAUAUUACAAUCAACACAAUCGAAUAAUUUAAGCAAACUCUCUUUGAAGCUUUAAAAGAUCUAUUUGGACAUGAAUCAUACUCUAUAUUCUAUUUGAGAAUUUCUAAAGAUGGUGUUAUUGGUAGUUCUAUGGCAGACUACAAUUAAAAAGAUAUGAAGGAGAGCUUUAAAUUGACUAAGGUAUUAGAAAUAAUUCAUACAUUAGUCUCAGGUAGUGAAAUCUUAAGUUUAUUCACUAAGGAGCAGCUUGAAACUUUGAUUUCACAUUGGAAGCUACAAAAAAGAUUUUUCGGUAUGAAUAAUCAUAUUUUGUAUCACAUUAUUUCUAAAAGAAUAAGGAGUCAUUUGAAAAUAAUUAUUUCUUAAGAGCCACUCCCAAAAGAAAAGAACAUUUUUUACUCUCUUUAUUCUAAUCUUUUUAAGGAGUUCAAUAAGUAUCUCAUGAUUCCCAUACAUGCCUCUGAAGAUUCAGAUAAGAAAAACUGGCUUUAAGAUCUCAUUUAAAUAUCAAUUUCUUAGAGCAAACUAGACUUAAUUAAAAAAAUAUAUUCUAUCGAAUUAGAAAUCUCUCGUGUCUAUGAGAGUCAAUACUUUAGCAAUAUUAGAAGAUCUUUUGAAGAAAACCUUUCUCUUUUCUAUUUAACAUAAAAUAUUUUUAAGACCUAAAUCCGUCUCAAAGAAAAAAAACUACGUGAAAAUGGAAAAUAUCCUCAAAUGAUUAAAUUGAUGGAAGAAAAGUUUUUAGUUUUUGAAAGUUAAAUAGAAAUAAAUGACCAUAAUCUCGAAACCACGAAACACAAAAAGCAAAAUCUAGAAGAACUACUUGAAAAAAAUACUGCUAUAUCUAAGCAACUUCAUACUGAAAUAUAAGAAUUGCUCAAUGAAGAAGCUAAAAUUCAGUAGCUAAUAAACAGAGUUUAAUUUUAUGAAAAGCAUGUCUAAGAAUUCGAGUCCAGAAGUAAAGAAUUAGUUGAAAAAUUGAGAGUAAAAGAUGCUUAGACAUACAAUGAUGAUAUAAAACCUCAAAAAUUCUUAGAAGUUGUAAGCAUGAAUGUUUACUGUAUUGCUUUCUUUAUCACUAUGAAUAAUUUCUUAGAAGAAAAAUUCAGAAUUGACUUUAAUUAGUUGGAAGAAGAUUUAAAGAACACUAAAAAUAAAAUACACUUUUUAGAUAUGCCGAAUUUAGAUUUCUACAAAGAACGUUUGGUAGAAGUUGUUUCUGAUUUUUCAUGGAUUAAAUUGGCUUUGGACACAAUGGAUGAAACUAAAAUUACUGAGAAGCACCUUCAGCUGCUUCAAAUGAUUAACAAAGAAUAUGGUGGUGGAUAAGAAACCAAUUUAAUUUCUUUGUAGAGUGGUUUUAAUGUUUCUCAGCUCCAGACAAUUAAGUUUAUUGAUAUCGGAAUAGACUUUGUUCGUAUCAGCAUUGAAAAGCGCAGAUUCCCUGAAUCUUCCUAAGUUAUUUAGGAAAAAUUAAAUGUUGUUCAAUCUAAGCGCAUAGGUAAAGAAUAAGAAAAGGUUGAACCAGAUAAUUUAUGUGCGAGACUUCCAGGAGAGAUAGAAUAAUUAAGAAUUGAGUAAAAGAAUUACAUGAAUGCUUUAUCUAAGAAAAGACAAGGUUUGACUCAUUUCUCUCUUUGUUUAACACAGUCCAGAGAACUUUUUGAAGAAUUUAUUCGUCAAGAAACAUAAGAUUUGAAAGAUAAAAAACUACUUUCUUAAAUAUCUUAGCUUGUUUCUAUACUUAUUAAUACUGGAAUGAAAUAUCCUUAAUUUGUUACCAAAAAGAUUUUAACACUUUUCAAAGAAAAAUUAAACCUUUCUUUCAGAUAUUUCUAACAUUAAUAUAAAAUAUCUACAGUCCUUAAGAAUCUAUAGUAUUACUAUGAAGUUCUCAAAUUAGAAGUACCUCUCAAUUAAGAUAUGAUUGAUUUCAUAGCUAUUAUUGAUUUCCUCAUAGACUAUGACAUGUUCUACUAUCCUUUUAUAAGAGAUCCCUCUGGUAUAUACUCAGAAUAUGUCAAGGCUAAAUUCACCUCUAAGUUCAGACACGAACAAUAUACAGUUGAUCCUCAAUCAGAAAUUAACAUAGAAGAAGCCUUAGUUAGAGGUGAAACUCUUAUUGUAGAAGAUUUUGAUUAAGAUUUACUUGAAAUGAUUAUGCCUAUCAUUGAAUGGAAAAAUGAAAGAAUGUAAAAGCUACUCUUUUAUUACAUGAAAGACCCUGCAGACACUGAUCUUGCAAGCUUGCAGAUUAACUAAGAGAGACAUACUCUUUAAAUUAAUGGAAAAGUAAUUGAAGUGCAUCCAGAUUUUAGAUUAAUUAUGAUUUACUAAGGUGACAGAAUGACUUUUUCACAUACUUUCUUCACUAAAGUGUUUGUUAUGAUCAUGGAAAUAGAAGAUGAAGAAAGAUGGAAAUAAACUAUUACAGAUCACUUGAUAAACGGUUUUUACAUAAAAGAAAAGAAAUAAAUAUUAGAAACUAAAAUAAAUGAGCUAAUUGAAAGAGAAUAGUCUCUUAAAAAUAGUUGUUAAAGUGUUUAUGAUAAGUUGCUCAAUGUUGAAGCAUCAGAUGAUUUAGAUUUUAUGAAUUUCGUAAUUGAUGAAAUCAAAAUGUAAAAGCAAAUCAUAUCACCUUUAAUAGAGACAGAAGCUAGCUUAGGAGAAGAUGAUUAAUAAAUUGAAUAAAAUGAAGCUAUAGAAGAUGACGAAGAAUUUGAGAACUAAGAGUUCUUUAAAGCUAUGUAAAUGCCUGAGCCUGAAAAACCAUUAGAAGAAAAUAAAGUUGUAGAAUAAUAGGCCUAAUCUUCUAGACCACCACUAAAACGUCCCCCAAUGGUAAAGAGACCAUAAAAGCCUUUACCAGUUGCAUAAAAAAAGAAGCAGAUAGCAGCAGCUAAAAAAUAACAAUAGUUGGAGAUGGAAGAGAAAAAUAGAGAGAUAAUGAGACACAAGAAUAACUUAUUAAAGGCGAAGUAAGAGAGCCAUUUAUUUACUCCUUCUCACUCUUCUAGACUUAUGUUCGAUAAUAGAAGAAAAAAGAUGAAUUUAAAACAGCAAGCAUUAAAAACUGGUUCAGACUAGGAAUACGUCAAAAAAUUCUAUCACAAAUUAGAUGAGCUAUUCGAAUUUUCUUCUCUCUUUUUAGGUAUUUUAGAAUUCAUUUAUGCAGUUAAAGUCAAUUGGAUGAAUGUCCAAGAAGCUAUGGGCUCUAUUUACAGUUUUUCUGAUAAAACAUUUUUGUUGUUGAUAAGUUCUUCUAUUGAAAACUGUAAGCGUCAUAAUCAUCUGCCUAAAUCUUAAACAGAAAAUCAAUUAAGUCAAAAAUUCUUAAAAGCUUUUUGUGAAACAAUUUAUUCCACAUUAGUUGGUGGACUUAGAGAAGAUCAUUAAAAUUUGUUCUGUUUGUACUUUGCACUGAUGUUUUUGAGAGGUAUGAACUAAUUUACUGAAUUUGAAUGGAAGAUGUUCAUAAACUGGAAUAUCGAAUCAAGUGAAUCAUAGAAUGUUUUCUAUGACAGUUUGUAUGAGAAUAAGUGGGGUACUAUCAAAAACCAUCUAAUUUCGUUUUAUAAUUUAUCGAACAAUUUAUUAGCUCCUCUACUUACUUUAAAACAAAAUGAUGUUACUAAAGGAUUACUAACACAAGGUAGUUAAUUGAAUCUUUCUCAUGUUUAAAGCGAUAAUAGUAUGCUCAGCAUUGUAAAUCCAAAUAAAACAGAGUAAAAUGAAUAGCUAGAUAGUAGCAUAGAUUAAAGCUUCAGUGCACACUUUAGCUUAUAACAAGGCAAAAAAAUAGACAAGAGAAGUUUGUUUGCCUUAAAGUUCUAGAAAGCAGUAAGCAAACAACUACAACAAGAAUAGCACGAAAACUUACAAGAUAAUUAGAAAGAUCAAUUUGAAAUUUUCCUUAAAAAGCAACAGUCAUCUUAAAGAGAAAAAUCUGUAUCUACCGAAAAACCUGCUAUAAAAUAAGACAAAUUUUAAGCAAAAGAAUAAUUACCAAUAACAAAAGAGGAAGAAGAAGAAAUUUCAAUUUCUUCCAAAACAAUAUCUGAUAAUGAAAUAAAUGAAGAAGAUGAGUUAAAAGAAGAAAGUUCAUAGCAAUCUAGAUCUAGAUCGAGCAGUUAAAAAGAAGAAAAUCUUCAAAGUGGAAGAGAUUUAGGAAGUUAAGAUCAUAUACAAGAAGAUUUAGAUGAAAAUUAAUAUUAGCAAGAAGAUGAAUCUGCAUUUUAAAAUUUCAAAAGAAAUUUAUCAAACGAAGAAUAUAAUCCUUUUUCCUAGGAAUCUAAUAAAGAAGAUAAUCUAAAUGUAUCAGAAUAAGCUAUUUCAGCAGGUUCAAUUCAUAGUGAAGAAGAAGAAGAGGAUUUAAAAAAUAGCACUAGCCUAAAAUAAUAGAAAACAUUACAAUAAAUUUAAGCUUUAACUAAUAACUUUAAUGUUUAAGAUGCAUUAGAAAACGUCUCUACUAGAAACUAAAUUAAAAUUGGUAGAAAAGCAUUUGAGGGUUUCCUACAUCUUUUCAGUCUAUUCCCUUAAAGAACUCAAAUGAAACAUUUGGUUAACAGUCUACUCUCGAAAUUAAGUCAUUGGAUAGACUUCCAGAAUACCUCUCUUAAGAUGAAAAAUUACGAUUACAAUAAAAACAUCAUUAUUCCUACUCUUGUAUAAAAUAUAGAGAGAAAAGUAACUCCUCUUCAACUACUCUUAUUUGUCAAGCAUUUUAGACCUGAAGAAUUAUAAAGAUUCGCCAAGUAUUUCUUCAGAAAAGCAUUCAAAGGCUAUAUUGAAGAAAUACCUCAAAAUAAUUUCGAUCAACAUUGCUAAACAGAUUGGAUGAGAAGACCUACUGCUUUAUUCCAUCACUCUGUUUAAAAGAGCAUGUUUGAAGCUUUGGAACUCAAAAUGAUGAGUUUACAGAUUGAAGGUGGACUUGUAAGACUACCUGUGGGUAUUUUACCUGUAAAAAAUAUUCUUGAGAAGAUUACUGAAGCAGGCGGCGCUGGAUAGUGGCUUGCAAUAGAAAAUAUAGAAUUGCUAGGUAGAAAAGACUUACUUUAAAUUUUGAAGAAGAUUGAUUAAGAAUUACUUGAGUCUACUUCGAGAAGAACAUUCAAGGUUUGGUUGAUCUUUAACUUAAACGAUGAAGGAGAGAAUUAUGAGAAAUCAAAUUUCUCUAAAAAAGUCUUGCCUUUGUUAUAAAGUUACUUGGAGAGAUGUUGGAAGAUUUACAUUAAUAGUCCUCAUAAGAUAGCCCGUACUUUAAAUAUUAUGUAUAACAUCGAAAUCUAAGAGUACAGAGCUAGACAACAGUUAUAACGUGAUGGUAAAAAGGCAUAGUCAAUAGUAGAUUUAAAUAAGCUUGCUGCAUCUUUGCUUGAAAGUGGUCCAGAAAAGUACACUUCUAUAAAUAAUUCUGUUAUUCAGUGCUACAUUCAUCGUUACAUAUAGCACAAACAAAAAACUUUAAGAGAAGAUAGAACUAUUGCAUUUAAUCUUCACUGCUUCCUAGAUAGAGAAAAACUUAAAAAGGAUAAUGUCGUAUUUGAGGAGCGUAUAGUAGAUUAUGAGCAUAAAUAUAAGUUUGCUCUUUCAUUCAUGUUUGCAACACUCAGACAAAGAGUAAAGUAUGAAAGAUUGCAAUUCUGUUACUAUGUAUAAGAACCAUUUAUGUAUGUAAGUGACUUCGAUAUACAAGCUAUGUAAGAUGAAAUGUUCCUCUUUUUAAGUGAUUACACAUUAGAUAUUUAAGUUUUCAUUUCGAAAUUCCUAAAUCACUGGUUUAGAGAUACAUACAAGUACGGUUACUCCACAUAUUCUUCAACUAUAAUCAGAGAUCUAUCAAGAAUAUUUGUUUUUACCGCUUAAGAAAAUACAACUAAAAUUACUGUACAUAACAAUAUUCCAACUUUGAGAGGUAUUGUUGAAAAUGAUAAUACAUUUGACUAUGAAAUAUAUGAUUUCCACUAGGGUGUUUAUCCCACUGUUGAAGAAGCACUAUACAAAUCCAUUAAGUCAUUCCCUAACGAAGACCCAAUCAAGAUACUUUCCUUGAAUCAAAACUCAGAGUUUUUGUUUAACUACAAUUAAUCUCAGGGAUUGAUGAAUAGAGUAAUGGAGGUUGAAAAGAAAUGGGAAGAGAAUAAGCUGGCUAAAUUAAUUACCAUGCUUGAUAGGAUUAAAUUCACUUAAGAAAAUAUUUAGUCAGAUUAUAUGAACUCAUAAGUUAGAUCGUUCUUCAAUGUUCAUCUACAUCGCUACUUGCAUUAGCAUGAAGCUUAGCUGGAGAUAACUUAACUUAUCCAUUAUUUAUUAGAAGUGCUAGAUUUUAACUUUGACCUUAAGACUAUUAGCUUCUUUAAGGUUAAAUCACAAAGAGGUGAUUCGUUCUAAGCUGUUUUAGAUAAUUGGGUUGAAUCUAUUUAAGCUUCUAUCCCUUCACAACAUAAUUCCUUACUUAUUAAUCCAGAUGGCUCUCUCAUAGACUAAGCAAUAAACAAAGAUCUUAUUAAGCUGAACAAAUACGCUAAUUAUCAUGCAGGAGGACAAAGUAGUGCAUAGAAAAACUCUCGUUAAAGUACAGUUCUUAUUCCUCAAGGAAAAAUACCUACAUAGCCUUCACAAACUGCUAUUAAAGUGAAUACAUAAUAAUAAAUUGAGUUAACCAGAUAAGGAACGUUUAAAGUUAAUAAAACUAACUUAUCUACUUUCGGGGAAUAAUCACCCAGAUAUAAGAAUUAGACAAUUAAUGAUGAUAAUUUAUAAAGUCCUCUUGAACCUAAUUAAAUAAAUCCUCAUACAAGUGUUCAUCAUCGCUAGUUAUUUAACAGAAAUGUACGUAAACAUGAAAGCAAAUUCUUGAAAGCUUUGUAACACGAAAAAGAAGAAAGUAAACUUAGAAUUACCAGAAACAGAAAUGAUUCUUCAUACUAAUAAAGCGAUAAUAGAAUACAAACAGAUUUUAGCAACACUCUAGGUCAUAUACUAGCUUCACAUACGAAUCAAUCAUAAAACAGUUUCCACAAUGCUGAUGAAGAAGAUUCUGAUUCUCAUGGCGUUAUUCCUCUUUCUUAACAGUAAAUUGCCACUAAUUUAAGUCAAAUCCAUUACAGAAGCUAGAAUGCUUCUAACUUUUUGCAAGAUGAAGGUAUGGGGGAUGACGAAAGCGAUUUUACACUUAACCAGCAAAAUGUAUACAAAAUACUGCUUUUGAAUGAAAUUAUAAGUGCUCACAGACUCAUAGAAACUAUCCGUUAAGAUCUCUAAUCUGUUUUAGAUUAUGUUACCAACAGAACCGAAUUUACAACUAACUUAUAUAUUUAAGAUUUACUAGACUGUCUACUUAAUAACAGAGUUCCAAUUAAUUGGUGGAAACAAGGAUUCUUGCUCAACAAAAAGACUUUAUAUGAUUUCAUUUAGUCAUUCUUAUGCAAACACGAGCACUUGAAUAUUAUAAUCAAUAGCAGAUAAGGAUAGCUAUUCCCUAUCAUCCCAUUACAAAAACUUUUCAAUCCAAUUUAAUUGUUCACAUCUCUCUAGCUAUAAUUCUGUUUGCUCAAAAACUUUAAACUCCACGAAGUAAAAUUCUAAUUUAGAAAGCUAAGAAAAAUGGAGUCCAGAUAACCUUCAGAAGGAGGUAUAUUUGUAAGUGGACUUUAUUUGAAGGGAGGUAGAAUAAAUAUGGAAAAUUUAAUGCUAGAAGAUGAAAGAUGCAGAGAAUUUGAAAGCUAAUUGCCUCCUUUCCAUGUUAAUCUAACACUCAAGUCAAAAUUAAGAUAAGAAGUUUACUUUAAAGAAGAGUAUAACUACGAGCCAAAUAUUCCAUUCGAAUUGAUUGGAGGUGAAAAUGUAGCUUAAGGUAGCUUUGACAAAGAAAACGAGUAUUUCUUCUUCCAAGCUCAUCCUGUACAGACUUACUAACACGAAACUAAAUCACACAUUUAAGGACUAAAAGUAAAACCAUAAAAAGAAAAAGAUCUUAAAGAACAGAAAAAGAUGUCUGUUCUUACAUCAGAAGAACAAUAAAAAUUACUAUAGGAAUAGAUUUAAAAAGUCAUAAAUAAAGAUAAACAGAGAUUUAUAGAUUUUGAAAAAGCCAGCUAAUUCCCUGUCAUGAAUUAUAUUGUGCGUAUCCCUAUUGUAGAUUCAAACACUACUUCCCUUUUCACGUAAUUCCCUGCUAAAAUGUAUCUAUAUAUUACUUCUAAAAAACCUUAAGAGUAUUGGAUUAGAAAAGGAACAGAAAUCUAUAUAGAAAAACAAUUUUGA